CCCCGGGCCGCGCAUUCUCGGCGCCCGAAGCUGCCGCCCCCGCAAGCCUCCGCCGGGCUGGGACUCCGACGCGUGGUCGGUCCGUGUUUUAGGGAACUUCAGUCCACUUGUUCUACAAAGGAGUCUCCCCAGUCAGCCUGUUUUGGAGGGGAUCUCAGGUCUGCUGGCUCUGCUUACUGGCACCUCCACCUUCGUUGCCCCUUCCCUGGCUGGGAGGAAGAGACUGUGCAGAGAACCCUCAUAAGGUGCUUGAGUUGGCCCAAGUUUCCUGUCCUUCUGUGGUCUCUGGGGACGUGUCUCUGAGCGGUAGGUUCCUGCUAGCCUGUGACGUAGGGCCUCGGGAAUGCUGUGGGAUGAGAUUCACACAGGCUCUCCCUGAGGGGUCUGCUGGGGCUCCCUCCCCGUUGCCAGCAGGGGUGAGUUACCUGGUGGUUGGGGGUCCUCAGUGACACCCCCCCGACAUGUGCACCAGAGGCCCCACCUGGUUACAGGGGGUUGGGGCUGAGCUACUGUCCAGGAAGUGACUCAUUGGUUCCCAGGGAGGCUCCUCCUCCCAAGGCCCUCUUCCUAGGGCAGGUGGCUGGCUCAGCCCCAAUCCCAGGCUGUCAGAGCAUGGUUGAAUCUCCUUCUGCCCGUACUGGCUUCAGUCAGGGGCCUGGUGCUGCAGGCAAUCUGAAACCCCUGCCUGCCUCCCCAGCCCAGGAUGGGUGAGUUCAACGAGAAGAAGGCAACAUGUGGUACUGUCUGCCUCAAGUACCUGCUGUUCACCUUCAACUGCUGCUUCUGGCUGGCCGGCCUGGCUGUCAUGGCAGUGGGCAUCUGGACACUGGCCCUCAAAAGUGACUACAUCAGCCUGCUGGCCUCUAGCACCUACCUGGCCACAGCCUACAUCUUGGUGGUGGCUGGUGUUGUUGUCAUGGUGACUGGCGUCCUGGGCUGCUGUGCCACCUUCAAGGAGCGGCGGAACCUGCUGCGCCUGUACUUCAUCCUGCUCCUCCUCAUCUUUCUGCUGGAGAUCAUUGCUGGCAUCCUGGCCUAUGUUUACUACCAGCAGCUGAACACAGAGCUCAAGGAGAACCUGAAGGACACUAUGACCAAGAGGUACCACCAGCCAGGCCAUGAGGGUGUGACCAGCGCUGUGGACAAGCUACAGCAGGAGUUCCACUGCUGUGGCAGCAACAACUCCCAGGACUGGAGGGACAGUGAAUGGAUCCGCUCCAGGGAGGCAGAUGGCCGUGUGGUUCCAGACAGCUGCUGCAAGACUGUGGUGCCUGGCUGUGGACAGCGGGACCAUGCCUCCAACAUCUACAAGGUGGAGGGUGGCUGCAUCACCAAGCUAGAAACCUUCAUCCAGGAGCACCUGAGGGUCAUCGGGGCCGUGGGCAUCGGCAUCGCCUGUGUGCAGGUCUUCGGCAUGAUCUUCACAUGCUGCUUGUACAGGAGCCUCAAGCUGGAGCACUACUGACCAGUGGGGCCUGGCCUCACCACUUGCCUCCUGCCGCGUGUCCUACCCGACUACUGAGCUGAGACUGCUGUCAGGGCAAUGGCCAUCCUCGUGCUUGCGCCCUCCAUGCCAUCACCAUGACCCUUGGCCAUCCACCCUCCAGGGGGUAGUUGGCUUCAAGUGCCUUUCACCACACACCAAAGUUCUGAAACUGGGGUGGCCCCUGCCCCAGAAGAAGGGGCCAGUCAGUCUGUAUGGGGUUUGCUGGCAGGCUGGCCAGGCUGGUAGGGUGGCGGCUGGAUUGCCUCCUGUCCAGGUCACCUCCUUUGGGGUGGGUUGUGGGGUCAGUUCUUGUUGCCUGUUCAUUCUGGCUGACAAGUUUGAAAUAGGUUUGGACAGAACCUGGACACAUACCCUGCAUGGGGGUCAGGCGGGUGGGAGGGGCCUUGCUGGGUGGGGCAGGGCAGGUGCCCUUUGUGCCUAUCAUUGGGGUGACAUACACACCAGGCUUUCAUAGCUGCUUGGCCCCACCCCAACUAGAGGUAGCUGAGGGCACCCAACAGCUUGUGCCUCUGCCCUCUACCCACAGGCAUUGCCUGCUUCUAACAGCCACAGCCUUGGCUUAAUUUUUCCCAUCACUUUUAACACCAUCUCAAAUGCCCCAUGUUCACUUGUGCACUGUUACCCGUUAGAAUGUCCUGUGUAGGGCAGGGCUUUUUAUCCACUGUAUUCCAGAUGCCCUCAACUGCUCCUGCCUUGUAACAGGUGCUUAAUAAAUGUUUGUUGAACA